GAGAAAAAUAAAGAAACCUCUUGCGGCGUGAGAGUGGAAGAGACAGAGAUAGAGUAAACCAAACCAAAACGAAAGGCCAGACGAAGUGAGUACGAGAAAUGGCAUGUCGCUCUGUUAUUUCAUCUUCCCUUCACAUGACAAACUCCAUGACCGUUAAGGGUGUUCUUUCCUUCGCACCUAACCCUCCUCUGUUUCAUCAUCUCCCCAAAGCCGUCGCCUUUGUUUCCCUUUCUGCUUCAACUAAACCUCCCACGAAGUCAUUUCAAGUGAGAUCGGUUGUUGGCACUACAGAAGCUGCAUCAGGGUUUGAUGAAAUGGUUUCUGGGACUGAGAGGAAGUAUUACAUGCUAGGUGGUAAAGGAGGGGUUGGGAAGACAAGCUGUGCUGCUUCACUUGCUGUUAAAUUUGCCAAUAAUGGACACCCAACUCUUGUGGUUUCCACUGAUCCAGCACAUUCUUUGAGUGAUUCUUUUGCUCAGGAUUUGACAGGGGGAGCAUUGGUGCCAGUGGAAGGACCUGACUAUCCACUUUUUGCCCUCGAAAUAAACCCUGAGAAAUCUAGGGAAGAGUUUCGAAAUGCUGCUCAAAAAAAUGGUGGAACUGGGGUCAAAGAUUUCAUGGAUGGCAUGGGUCUUGGAAUGAUUGCAGACCAGAGAACAAAUAAGAAGUCAGGCACAAGAAUCACCUUACCACGCAGUCCGUUAUCUCCUCAGUUGGCCUCUUCCCAUUCGAUACGUAUCGGCUUGAACCCAGGAGGGGUUACCUGCAGAAGAAUCUCCGAAGCUCAAACAAAAUACAACAAGAGACAACAAGACGAGAGUAAUGAGUUCGCUUCUUUGAUUUCAAUGGAAGAAUCACUUCAUAAAGACAAUAAGAGAAAAGGGCAUCAAAGACUUGAAGAUGGCUGCUGAAAAGGGUCAAUUGGAAGGAAAGUAUGUGUGCGGUUUGAUCUUAUUAUGCUCAUACGAAGAUGAUUUGAGAAAAAAAGGAGUUGAGUACAUGCAAUUUUUGAGGAAUGUGAAAUGUGUUGUAAGUUACAGAAAUAAAGUAAUAGCUUUGUUAGGUAACAUAUGGAGAAGACCUUAUGGAACGCUAGUGCGCAACCCAACCCCUUUGUGUCGUAAGAGGUUAUACAAUGGAUGGGUUAUGAAGAAAAGUCAUUAUUGGAAAAUAGUAGAUAAUGAAGAUGAUGAUAAUAGU